UUAGGAUGGCACUGCUGAGCUGUGCUGCACAGACCCCAUCUGCAGGAGAGAGGGGCUGUCCAUACAGGUGAACAGCAGACUGCUGAUCGGUGGGACACAGUCACCUGCAGCAGAUGGGGAGGGGGGGGGGGGUCACAUGAUCACGCUGCCUGUGCACUGUGCCUGCUAUAUAAUCUGCAGCAAUAAGCAGAGUGUGCAAACUCUGGUCCAGCCUGGGGCUCAGGCUCUCUGCAUCCUUCUGAUCAUCACCUUCUUCUGGGCUGACGGAUUCUCUGCACAUCCAGGAUGGGUCCUGUGAAAUGUUUAUUGCUGGCAGCUGUCUGCAUUCAAGUUUCUUCAAUGCCCUUGUCCACCCAGCUUUCUGAGGAGGAAGAGAAGGUGAGAGAUCUACU